AUUAGGUACUAUUCCAAAAAAAUUUCGACAUAUUUCGUUUUAUUAUGAGAAUCAAUCCUACUACUUCUGGUCCUAUGAUUUCCACACUUGAAGAAAAAAACUUAGGACGUAUCGUUCAAAUUAUUGGCCCAGUACUGGAUGCCCUUUUUCCCCCAGGAAAGAUGCCUAAUAUUUAUAACGCUUUGGUAGUUAAAGGUCGAGCCGGUCAACAAAUUAAUGUGACUUGUGAGGUACAGCAAUUAUUAGGAAAUAAUCGAGUUAGAGCUGUAGCUAUGAGUGCUACAGAUGGUCUGACGAGAGGAAUGGAAGUGAUUGACACGGGAGCUCCUCUAAGUGUUCCGGUUGGCGGGGCUACUCUCGGACGAAUUUUCAACGUUCUUGGAGAACCUGUUGAUAAUUUAGGGCCUGUAGAUACUCGCACAACAUCUCCUAUUCAUAGAUCUGCGCCUGCCUUUAUACGGUUAGAUACGAAAUUAUCAAUCUUUGAAACAGGGAUUAAAGUGGUGGAUCUUUUAGCUCCUUAUCGUCGUGGGGGAAAAAUCGGGCUAUUUGGGGGAGCUGGGGUGGGUAAAACAGUCCUCAUCAUGGAAUUGAUCAACAACAUUGCCAAAGCUCAUGGGGGUGUGUCUGUAUUUGGCGGAGUAGGCGAGCGUACUCGUGAAGGAAAUGAUCUUUACAUCGAAAUGAAAGAAUCUGGAGUGAUUAAUGAAAAAAAUAUUGCAGAAUCAAAAGUGGCUCUAGUCUAUGGUCAAAUGAAUGAACCACCGGGAGCUCGUAUGAGAGUUGGUUUGACUGCCCUAACCAUGGCGGAAUAUUUCCGGGAUGUUAAUGAACAAGACGUGCUUCUAUUCAUUGACAAUAUUUUUCGUUUCGUCCAAGCAGGAUCAGAAGUCUCCGCCUUAUUGGGGAGAAUGCCUUCUGCAGUGGGUUAUCAACCCACCCUUAGUACAGAAAUGGGUUCUUUGCAAGAAAGAAUUACUUCUACCAAAGAGGGAUCUAUAACUUCGAUCCAAGCAGUUUAUGUACCUGCGGACGAUUUGACCGACCCUGCUCCUGCCACGACAUUUGCACAUUUAGAUGCUACUACCGUACUAUCAAGAGGAUUAGCUGCCAAAGGUAUUUAUCCAGCGGUAGAUCCUUUAGAUUCAACGUCAACUAUGUUACAGCCUGGCAUCGUUGGCGAGGAACAUUAUGAAACUGCGCAAAAAGUUAAGCAAACUUCACAACGUUACAAAGAACUUCAAGACAUUAUAGCUAUCCUUGGGUUGGACGAAUUAUCCGAAGAAGAUCGUUUAACUGUAGCAAGAGCACGAAAAAUUGAGCGUUUCUUAUCACAACCCUUCUUCGUAGCAGAAGUAUUUACGGGUUCUCCAGGGAAAUAUGUUGGUCUCGCAGAAACAAUUAGGGGGUUUCAACUCAUUCUUUCCGGAGAAUUAGAUAGUCUUCCCGAACAGGCCUUUUAUUUGGUGGGUAACAUCGAUGAAGCUACCGCGAAAGCUAUGAACUUAGAAGUGGAGAAUAAAUUGAAGAAAUGACCUUAAAUCUUUGUGUACUGACUCCUAAUCGAAUUAUUUGGGAUUCAGAAGUGAAAGAAAUAAUUUUAUCUACUAAUAGUGGCCAAAUUGGCGUAUUACCAAACCACGCACCUAUUGCCACGGCCGUAGAUAUAGGUCUUU